CGAUUGUAUCACAAAUACAGCAGAGAAUUUAGUGAUUUUUUUGUUUGGUCGCUUUCAAUGUUGGUUUCGAAAUUCAAAUAUUUCAAACGGCAAAUAUAAGAUAUUCAAAACAACCAAAAUAUAUCAAUUGGUACAAAAUCUGAUGAAAAAUACGAAAUUAUUUAUGUCAAUUUGAUUGGUGAUAAUUCAAAGGAAAAGGUGCUUAUUUAUUAAUCGUGUUUAAUAUUUUAGUUAUUUUUUGCUGCCGUUUUUCUUAUAAAUAACCGACAAAUUUGCCUUGCUUGGAAAUAAAAAGUUCAUUUUGGUUGAUUUUCACACUGGAAGCGCUUUAAAAUUUCGGAACAGACAGAUUACUGACAACGAACCACAACCAAAAUAAACUUUGCGAAAUAAAAACAACUACGGGCGAGUGUUGAAGAUCGAUUGAAUCUUGUUUGUCGUGUAAAAAAAAAAUAAGUUCAUUACCCAAGUAUUUAUUCAAUCAAAUCGCGAAUAGUGUUGCUAAAAGCAUGCAUUGACAAAUAAAUUCGAACGAGGAAAAUAAUCAUAAUUAAUUGAGUAACUGUAACAGUGAAUUCACUUGGCGCUUGCGUUCGUCAGACCCUAGAGGGUCAAAAUAUGAACGAUGGCACAACGAAGAAGACGUACGAUAAAGGUGAUAAAAAUGAGAAAGCGGAAAAAAGUGACGAGAAAAAAGGUACACCAUCAUUGUCUAUCGAUCGUGCUGCAUUCCUAAUACUACGUGUAAAAAAGGCUUUCAAAAAGAAGCGCCAACAGCGAAAGGAACGAGCUGCAGCUGCUGCACUUGCCGCCCAAACUGGUACCGGAAGGAGUUCACGUCGACUUGUGCCACCUUUGUUACGGUCGAAAACAUUACCCGCUAUCAUAACACCAGCGUCGGUUGUAUGCAAGGUUGCCAAAAAAGGACUGCUAAUUGGUGAUAAUUUCAGCGGAUGUUCAAAUUUUAAUGCUCGCCUUUCAUUGCAACCGAAACUUUCGCGUGCAUCGCUGAUAAGUGAUGAGGCGCCGACAGAAUAUCGACGCAAGUCGGCUGGCAGCCCAAAUGCAACGGUAUAUAAUACGUCAAGUUUUGGUAGCGUGAGCAAUAACACUGACCCGUAUAUUUACGCAUUUGAUGAAUGCGAACGACAUCCCGAUGGAACGGUUAUUUUAAGAAUUCCUGCGCCACAUGUGGUUGCAGCACGUGCUUAUCAUAUGGCCAGCAGUCCAUCUGGAUCGAAUGCACAAAGCACCAGUUUUCCGGGCCCAAUUCCGACAAAUAGUCAGGAAAAAACGCCUCUGUAUCGAUUGGCCAAGCUUUUAAAUCAAACUAUGAAAUCCAAUGAACAACAUAUCGUUUUAAAAGAUGAUGCACCUCGGCGACUCUCCUGGGAAAGACGAGACCAUGCAAAUGCACGGAUACCACGUUCAUCCAGCAUCGAUUCAAUGGUUGAAGCUGUUUGGAGUGAAACACCUAGGCCAUCGUUAACGCUGUCACCGCCAUCACAAACAACAACAGCAUCACAACCAACGCCGCAAUAUUUACAAAUCAAUUAUGCUAAUACAGGGAGCAUUAGACGCGAAAGUUUAUUAAGUCCAUCGACAGGUCGUCGAGCAAAGCAACAGCGGUACAUUGGUGCUCUAUUUUCGGCCGUUGAAAAUGGUCAUUUGGAAAAAGCGAGAACAAUCCUCGAAUCAACUGAUGUAGACAUAAACAGUUUGAACAGUGAUGGAUUGUCGCCCUUGGAUGUAGCCGUACUCAGCAAUAAUCGAUCGCUCACAAAGAUGCUAUUGCAACACGGUGCCACCGAAGGAAAUAAAUUUAAAUCGACCGAUUCGUUGGGUAACCAUUUGAACAAUUUGCUGCGAGAAGCUGAAAAUCGCAUUCAAGAAUUGAGUGGCAUUGAAGAUGCUCCGCAAGCUCCAUUUAGCACGCGAGCUUCAUUUUCCAGUAUUAUCGGCACUGCAUACGCUGGACCGUCAGUAUCGGGUUGCACUGGAACAGAAACUGACAAACAAAUUGGCAUGUGGGAAAGACGUAUCAAAGGAUUACGUCGAAUGCUCUUAGGAUGGGAUCAAACCAAACCACCUGAUCCACCAAAUUUCAUUGCAAUCGAUGUAACAAGCACCAAUUCAGCCAAUUUACGUAUACAGGAAUCGGGUGACGGGCCAAUUGCUACUAAGUUCAAAGUUCAAUGGUCAUCUCGUGGCGAUUUCAGUAACAUUGUUGGCGAACGUGAAGUAAACGAAUGGAAUAGUUUUCAAACUACGAUGGCAGCCAAUUGCCGGAUUAACGAUUUGACACAUGGUCGACGUUACUUCUUUCGUGCAUGCUGUGGCAAUGUUAAAGGAUGGGGUCAAUAUCGCACAUCAAUACCAAAUAGCAUUACACCAUCGAGUUGGCGUGAUUUUGAGAAUGUUGAAUCAAGAUUUGCGGGCCGUCAGAAAAUUCUCGAUGAUCUUUUUACAGCUGUACGCCUAUCACGGCCAAAUGAUGCAUCUGAAAUACCAUUAGACACACCAGCACUACAAAGACGAAAUCCAAAGAAGAAAACAACAAUCAAACAAUUGUUUUCAGCGGCCUCAAAAUUCCAAAAAAAUCUAAGAAGAGGAAUAUUCUUGGCUUGUAUUUUAUACCAUGAAGAUAAAAUCUUGGUGACGAAUGAAGAUUUUUUGCCAGUCAUUGAAAUCGAUGAAACGUAUCCAAGUAGUUUGCACACCGAUUAUCAUUGGCUCAUGAAGGUUGCCUGCACUUGGGAUGAUGUAAAAUCACUUCGCACCGAUAUGGAACGAAAUUCGACGUCGGCUGUUCACUUUCGGACAAAAUUGUUAACGGCUGCCUGUCAAAUGCAAUCAGCAUUAUGCAUACAGGAUUUAGGUCAAUUGUAUCAUAAACCGUUACGCGAUUCUCAUGGAACGGUUGUUUUAGCUUGUGUAAACAACGUUAAGGGACCGAAAACUGUGUCAGUACUCAACUCAAGGUGGAUCCCAUUAAACAAAGUGCAAAAGAAAAUGACAGCAAUUCACGAAGAUAACAAUAUCAAUGAGAUUCUGUUGAGUUCAAUUCAAGAGCAAAUCAAUUACCAUCAAGCGUCGACGGUGCGCUUAUCGAAGGGAUUGUAUCUGGGCUAUUUAAAAAUGCAAAGCUCGGUUGAUCAGAUUCAAAUUGUUGUACCGGCAAAAACGCCAAACAUUUUACCACAUCAUAAAAUCCGUGAGAAUUCACAUAUAUCGGCCGAAGAAUGGAAAUUUCUGAAACGAACAAAAUUAAAUGGUGGCGGUGACACGGUGACCGAUGACAAGCCAACUGGUGGACAAGAGCUAUUCAUUGAUGCAUUAACACAUGCGGCAAAGCGUUUAUUUAAAUAUAUGGACAUUCCAUUGGAGGAUGCAAUGACACAUCGUUUAUAUGAAUUUGAAGUGAUUGAAUUGAGUGCGGAUGUUAGUUUUUUGAUUGUAUGCCCGCCGGCUGAAUCGUCGUGCGCUGUACCUGGACAAAGAGAAAUUCUACUACAACGUGGCGAUCUAUUGAGUUUGCCGAUUCAAGCAUUCGAAAUGGUACAUCUGAAAACCUAUCAAAGUGGCAUCAUUCAAAAGUAUUCACGUCUAUCGUGCAUUCUUGAAUUGGAUACGGUAUUGGCAAAUCAUUCGCAUCGCGAAGCAUUCUCAACGAUUGAAGUGCAAGCGGCCAAAGAACGUUUGGCCAAACUACAAGAUUUAACACAAAGUUUAAAUACCAUUUGGAAAGGUGUACGUUGGCUUAUGGAUGUUAUCAGUUUUGCACGAGAUCGUGGCACAUAUCAUGGUCUUUAUAUGAAAGAUAUAUUCGAAUACAGUCCAACGAGCAAAGAGGAAUUAACGGUGGUACGUGAUCCAAGCAAUCAACAAUUGCUACAACCACCGCCACCACGUGGUUCGAUUAAAAAUGUGGGCCGUGGUAGUUGGCCAGGUCCCAGUCAUACGCUUGGUGCAAACGGUUUGCUCGGUGCCGAACACUCAAAAUCGGAACAACAAUUAAGUGGAGCCAGUUUCAAUAUGAGCUCACGAUAUUUGAGUGCAACAUCUGGCAUUGAAACAUCAUCACGUAAAAAUAGUGCUGAUUCAAAUUUUUCACAUUCGGGCAAUAGUUACUAUUCAGCUGGUGAAUCAGUUGAACAUAUAAAUGUACGACUUCCACCAUCUCGAUCCGAAGACACAUUAGUUUUAUCAAAAAAGCAUUCAACACCGUUACAUCGAAAACGUGCAACAACUGUCAAUACAAAUUUUACCAGCGAUGCAUCGUCACCGGUUACACCAACCAAACCGUUAUGUGUCACACAAAAACUAAGCAACGAAUCAGUUCCAAAUUUAAUCGCUGAUUCGGAUGUGGCUGGCCGAGAUAGUACAAUGACAACAUCCACACCGAUUACAACGGGCAGCGGCGGUGGUGGUAAUUUACCAAAAGAUACGAUCGCUAACAAAAGGAAUGACAUUAAAUUAUUUACCGAAGAGCCAAACAUUUUCAAAGAUCAAUUGCACAUAACCGAAGGUGAUGGCGGUGAAACGGUACGAAAAUCGUCACCAGAAUAUCCAUCGACGAAUCCAUUCAAAGUAUCAGCCGAACGUAAGCCAUCGAGCACUCAAAAAAGUUCACCGGAACACACUAAGAAGAAGCAGUCAUCACCGCCACGUCAACAAUCUGGCGAUGAUGAAGAAGACGCAACAACGAGCAAUAUUAUGCCUGGCAUAAUUCAAGUGUUUGCCGCUUACAAUACGGGCUUGGCAAAUGGAACAAGUCUUAAGUUGCAUGUUACACCGAAGACAACAGCUCGUGAAGUGGUCGAUUUGGUGGUGAAACAAUUGAAUAUGGCUGUUGUAUUGAAAGGCAAAGAUGGACCCAUUUAUGGUGCUGAAGAAUUUGAUAAUUUCUGUUUGGUCGCUGUUAUUGGUGCGAGAGAACGUUGUUUGCGCGAUGAUUUUAAACCAUUACAUUUACAAUAUCCAUGGAAAAAAGGACGAUUAUAUGUUCGCCAAAAGAAUGAUCUACUUGCUGCAAUCGAACAUGCGAAUCGUGAAGCCACAUUGAUCUGAACCAAUAAUUCAACCUCUUUUACCAAUAAUAUUUUGUUGACAUCCAAAAUUCAAACAUUCUCAAUUUGAUAAUGAAAAAUAUCUAACAUAAACACACUGAAUUCAUGUUAGAAUAAACUAUUAAAUAAAGUAGUGAUUCAUUUAUUGUGCUUUGAUCAGAAAAGCAAAGGAAUACAAAUGCAGAAAUUUAAUAAUCUAUUUGAUGUCAUUUUGCCGAAUACAAUUUCCACUCAAAUCUAUUGAGAUCGACUUAAUUGGCAUAAUUGUCAAUUCAUUCACGCAUAAAUGUAUUUGAAUUUGAAUAUAAACAAAAGACAACAGACAUAACAUAAAUUAUAGUAUGAAUGUUUCCAUAGUUAGAAAGUUGAGAUUGGAUUUUCUGUGACACAAAAAUAAUAAAAGAUUAUUAGAAAUUAUGUUUAGCUGAUAAAAAACAAGAAGAAGAGAAAAAAAAGGGAAAACAAAUGUAUUUUGAUUUUCUUGUUUGUUUUUAAUGUUUAAGUAGAAAAACAAAUUAAUGUAGAGAUCAUUGAAUAUUAAAAAGAAAAGAUUUAUUUUACUAGCAUGACGGAGAGAGGAAUAUUUAAAGAAAAAUUGAAGUUUUAUUUCAACAGUCCUGCGUUAAUAGUUAAACAACAAAUUUAGAAGCUUUAAGUCGUAUGGUCUUAUGAAUUACGUGAGAGAACAACAAAAGGGCGGGCAUCUCGUUUCAAUAUCAUUCAUAACGAACAAAUGCCAUGAAUCUAUGAAUUAAUUUAAUAAAGAAUAUAAUAUGGAUUGGAUGAUGAAACAAAACAAAAUUAAAUUAAAAAACUAAAGAGACAAGAAAAUAUUACAUAAAUAUUGCUCAGGAUUGGCGACUAAAACCGUUUUUAGACAACUCAAACAAUUUUCAAAUCAUUCAAUAAAUCAAAAACAAUAUUAUUGUCCAUAUAUUUAAAACAGCUACCAAAUGCACGUGUUCUAUGUCCAUUCCAUUUAUCGCAUUUUUUGUCCAAAUAUUUUAUAGUUGAAAAAUGUUGAAAAAAAAAUCAGUAUUAAAAAUGAAUUAAAAUUAACGUCUAUGUGUCUAACAAUUCAAAAAAAAAACUAUUAACAAAAAAAAAACCAUUUCCAAAUUGGACCUUUAUUAUACCAUACAUGACCAUACAUUUUCAAAAAUAAAGACAACAUUAUUUUGCACUCUGUUUUAUUAUGAUUGAAUAUUUUUGGAUUUUAUUUAAUUUUUAUUCACCUUCAUGCAGUCUCUAAACCAGACAUUAUAAUGAGAUAUUUUUAGCCAGAUAUCAUCAGGAGCUGAAAUGGAGUGAAAACAAUAAAAGUGAUUGUUAUAGUGAUUGUAGCAAUGUAAGUGUAAUUAUAACCAUAACAAUCACUCCUAAUGUUUUCACUAAAUUUCGGCUCCUGACGAUAUCUGGCUGAGCUGAUUCAUCUGGCUGAAAAUAUCUCAUUAUAAAGUCUGCUCUAAACAAAAAUACAGUUUCCUCACAAGCAAAAAGUCAAGUAAUUGUCAUUGUAAUGAAGCACGUCGAAUCUUAGCGGGAAAUGCAUAAGAAUUCGAAUCAUCAAAUGCCAAGAUAUUAUUUGGCGAAUCUGAUGAAUAACAUAUUUAAAUAGUAUGCAAAAAUAGAUACAUUUUCCUAUUUAUUAUAGACCAUGCAUGUUAUUCAAUCGAUAAUUUAUUGGAAUUCACUGUAUGGAUUUAAAAAAAAUCUUUAGUGUAAAACGUUGUUUCCACAUCUCCAAUUCCAAUCGUCCACUUAAUAAAUUUCAAGCUAUAAAAAAACGAAUACAACGAAAUUUGUUGGAGUCUCACAAUAUGUAUAAAUUGAUUAUUUGUUUUUUUUUGUGCAGAAUUAAAAC